AAACCCCCUUCAAGACCAAUUGAAACAAAACAAUAACAUAAACAAUGUGCAAUUUGUUAUAAAUAGUAAAUAAGGGUAUUUUUGUGAAAUUAUUACCAAUAUUACAUUUUACAUGAUUAUUAGUAAAUAUGAUAACUUUAAAGCAACGCUUGAAAGGGAAAACGGAAAGCAAUGAACCUACCACUUCCAGAGUUUCCAUUAGAGAUAGGUUACUUAUAAAAGAAGCCCAAGAAAUGUCGAAACUGUUACCAGCCUGUUGUUCAAUUGAUUACAUGAACGUUAACGAUUUAAGUAGAUUUAUUCUGAUAGUCAGACCUACGGAAGGUUUUUGGCACGGAGGGACAUUUAAAUUUGAAAUAAACGUUACCGAUGACUACAACAUGGAACCUCCUAUAGUGAAAUGUAUAACUAAAUUAUGGCAUCCUAAUAUUACAGAAUCCGGUGAAGUGUGCUUAUCACUUCUUAGAAGGCACAGUGUAGAAGACGGUAUGGGUUGGUCCCCUAUUAGAACACUUAUUGAUGUUGUGUGGGGACUGAAUGCCUUAUUUACAGAUUUAUUAAAUUUCGAAGAUCCUCUGAAUGUGGAUGCCGCAGAAAUGUUUAGACAUUCUAAAGAAGAAUUCAAAAUCAAAGUAAUGGAAUACGUUGCUGUUUACGCUCAAGAAUAAUCCAACGUGUCGUGUCCUAAUUUUCUAUUUAGAUAAGUAAUACAUUCGAUUGUAUGUAAAAAUUGUAUCCGUUCACGAGUUCCAGCUCCGGUGCCGCUUUUAUUCGAAUAGAGUUUAACAGGACACUGGAAGAUCAAAUAUAAACAAAUUUAAUUUAAAACAAAAAUUGUUGGCUUAUCAAUUUAUGUAUAUUAUUUUUAAUACAAUUUUUAUUUGGUUUAUUGGCGACCAUAAUUAUAUUAAAAGUAUGUGUAAAUUUCAUUGAUUC